UGUCCAUACGAAUGCAACAUCACAUCCGAAGGAUCAGUUCGUGCCACUGGCGAUGCACUUUUCAAAGCCCAACGAGGUCGCACCGCUCGCUUUGAGGUUUCCCUCAACGAUGCGACUCGUGGUGAACUUGACGUUUUAGUGUCAGAUCCUAACGGUGGUCCAUUGCCAGUGCGAUGUUACCGACAGCAGGAUGACAGUUAUUGGGUUGAGUUCACUCCUGAACAAACUGGAACGCAUAAUAUCGAAGUAACAUUUGGUGACGUCCCUGUCAUCGGUUCACCAUUCAAAUGUGAGGUGGUAGAUCCUAAGAAAGUUCGCGUCAAAGGCCUCUCAGACGCUUUACUUCUUCGUCAUGCUACUGUAGUCAACGUUGAUCGCCGACAAGCGGGAACGGGUGAUCUCAGUGUCGAAGUGACCGAUCCGUCUGGAGCACCUCUGAAAGUGGAAAUGUUGAAAUCUCCCGGAGGAGAGGAUCGGGCGACUUUCCUGCCAAAUCAAACGGGACCCCACAAAGUGAACGUGAAAGUGGCUGGAUUCCAGAUCCCUGGUAAGUUACCGAGUCGAGCAUCUGUCGUGAUAUCUUGUAUCACAUCAAUGCCAAAAAUUCUGAUGGAGCCGUCAUACUUCGCCGAAAAAAGGCCCAAAAAGCCUAAAAGCGCCCAAGAAAGCCCAAAAACGCCCAAAAAAGCCCAAAGGCGCCGAAAACAGCCUAGAAGCACCCAAAAAAGCCCAGAAGCGCCAGAAAGGCAGAACGUUCUGCUUCAUCCGGCUUUGAACUUUUAGUA